CUAAGACAACACAUCUCACUCUACCUCACUAACCAUAACACCUUCUUCCAUCUCUCCUUGUUUCCCUCUCUUUUCCCCCUCCUCCCUCCCUCCGUAGCUGAGCAGAGGGUAAGGCUGUCAGCUGAUGAGAGGAGGAGGGAGUACUAUGACGAACAGAGGAACGAGUUUGAGAACUAUGUGGAAGAGGAGCGCGAUGAGCAGGAUGAGAGGACACGGGAGAAGACAGAGCAGUGGCGUGAGUUCCACUAUGAUGGACUCUACCCCCGUUAUCCCCGCGGUUGGUGAGCAUGCUCCAUAGGCCAAGGAGAUCAGAACAUAGUGCACCAGCCUGUGAUUGGCAGGACCCUGUGUCAAUUAAGACACCUAGCCUAUCAGACGGACAUAACAAGAGCAUGGGRGGUGGCCAAACCAUCACUCAUCUAGGAGUAAAAAGGUUUAAGUACAAAACGAUUAAACUCAAUUUUAAAUUGGUAAUAUUAUGUAAUAUUUUGUAACGUUUAAAGACUUUGGGUGUGGCAGGUCAAGUUCGAAAAAGGAGGCUGUCGUGAUUGGUUGUGUGUUUCUAUGCAUGCUUAUUUCAAUCUCUAUCUUUGUGCAUGUAUCUGUGUGGUGUACUGUUUGGUGUGGUCUGUGUAUCUUUCACAUCUGUCUGUGUAUCAAACUGUGUGSUCUUUUCUGUAUUGUAACUGUAAUCACAAAUAUGAAACCUGUAACUGUAAUUCAGAACCACAGACACCAAUAAAGACAAUACUAAAAUGUA